UGUUUAUUUAUUCAUAAAAAUCGUAAUCGUGUAAUUAAACGAUGGGUUCGUUGGGAUAUUGAAGGCGACAUUUCUUCCUCAUGUCUCUCAACCUCUUUUUAAGCUCUCUAAGCACAGUUUUCCUCUCAUGUUCUUCUCCAGCCCACGAACAGCAACAAAUUAGCUCAAAGUGAAGAAGAUGGAGGAGGGUGGUGGUGGUGGGGUGAAGAAGGAGAAGUCAAUCGAGAGAGUGGUGUCGCAGAAGGCGCUGCAAAUGGGGAGUUCAUUCCCAUGUCAAAUCUGUGUGGUGGGUUUUCUCUGUGGAGUCUGCCUUACCUCUCUCUUCCUCGCUGCUCUUACCUCUUUCGGCAGUUUUGGUUUUGGCAAUGGCGGCUCUGCAACUUCUUUCUCAGCACUUGCUGCUUCCACCGCCAAUUCCACUUCUAACUUCAUCGAUAUGGUUACAACAACAACAGCUAGCACUUGUACAACAAACUGCAAAGUUCAGGAGAAGGGGGCAGAGAGAUUCGCUGCCGAUUCACAGGAAAGCGGAACAGAGAGAUACAAUGAGAGAGUGUCUCAGCUGUAUUCAGCCUGGAGCUCGUUGUUAAGUGAACGACAAGAUGGACAUUAUUACAGCGAGCCAUCGAGAAGAACGAGUACCGAGGUCAGCAAAAAAUCCACUGUAGUACCAAAUGCACCACACCUCGAGGACUGCAAGUCAACUGCUAGAGUGAACCGUCGACUCGAUCAUCGUGCUGAGAAUGCGAGUUACCCUCCAUGGACGACUUGGAAGGGUCGGCUGGAUAGUUACCCCAAUGCGGACCAGAGCAGCAGGUUGAGGCGCGACCAGUCCAUUUCUGAAGGUGCUUACCCUCCUUGGAUAAGUGGAUCAGAUGAAGAGAACUACCCUCUAACACGAAGAGUGCAACGAGACAUAUGGGCACAUCAGCAUCCACCAAACUGCAGGGACGACCCUGAAGUCAAAUUCCUCGUGGCCGAUUUCGAGAGGCUCCCAGGGUUUGGGAUCGGAGCUCAGUUUGCUGGAAUGUGUGGACUUCUAGCCAUUGCAAUUACAGAGAAAAGGGUCCUCGUGACAAACUACUAUAACCGCGCAGAUCAUGAUGGUUGCAAAGGUUCUUUUCGCGGCAGCUGGUCUUGCUACUUCUUUCCUGAAACGUCUCAGGAGUGCAGAGACAGGGCGUUUGAGGUUAUGGGAGAUAGAGAAGCUUGGGAGAGAGGGAUCAUAACUAGUAAAGACAACUAUACAUCAAAGGAGAUUUGGGCUGGUAGAACUCCAAGGGUAUGGGGUGAGCCUUGGAGUUAUUUACAGCCAACAACUGAGAUCAAUGGCAGUUUGGUUGCUUUCCAUCGCAAAAUGGACCGUCGAUGGUGGAGAGCACAGGCAAUCCGUUACUUGAUGAGAUUUCAGACAGAGUACACUUGUGAAUUGAUGAACUCUGCCCGCCACGCCGCAUUUGGAGAGGAAGCUGCAAAGAUGGUCGUCAGCAGCCUUGGAGAAGACUGGGACAAGGAAGCCGAGGGAAACAGCAGGAAAAUGGGAGAGAUAGAAGAGUACGUGUGGUCGAAUCACAAGCCAUGGAUUCCCAGGCCACUUCUGAGCAUGCACGUCAGAAUGGGAGACAAAGCCUGCGAGAUGAAGUUGGUCGAAUUCGAAGGCUACGUUCGCUUAGCCGACAGGAUUAGGCAGCGCUUCCCACAUCUCGAUCGCGUCUGGCUUUCGACGGAGAUGGAGGACGUGAUCGAGAAGACGAAGCAGUACAAGAAAUGGAAGUUCUACUACACGAACGUGACGAGGCAGGUUGGGAACAUAACGAUGGCUAGGUACGAGGCAAGCUUAGGGAGGCAGACGAGCACAAACUACCCGCUGGUGAAUUUCUUGAUGGCCACGGAAUCCGAUUUCUUCGUGGGAGCUCUGGGUUCGACGUGGUGUUUUCUGAUCGAUGGGAUGAGGAACACAGGCGGGAAAGUUAUGGCCGGAUACUUGAGCGUGAACAAAGACCGGUUUUGGUAAUGUAUUGGAACGAUCCUAAUCCCACUGAGGUGCACUCUGGUUUACUUACAGAGGUGGAUGUAGAUAUCUAAAUGCAACUUCACGUAUAAAACACAAGAGUAUAUACAUGUAAUUUUUGGUGUCUUGGUGAGUCAGAGACAAGAGAUUUGUGUGUGGUGUUAGUUUGUACUGUAUGUAGGUGUACAUCAAGAACAAUUAGUUUGUGUAAGGCACUCUCGUCUGCUCGACGAACGAUAGCACGAGACAUUAAUGUUAAAAUGUCUAGGAUUUUACGGUUUGGACCGCAAUGUUGUAGAUCAGUCAAAACAGUUCCCGAAUUCAGACCCACAAAGGACACAUUUUCAGUU